AUGCAUCGGAAUGCGGCGGUAAUCAGCGUCACGUGCAUAUUAUUAUGUCUUACUUUCAAUUACACGUUUCCUUUACAUAGAGGCAAUUGGAAUCUGAACUCUUAUAAUAAUCUUUCAAUGAAAUGUGGACCAAAUGUAGACCGGUCAAAGAAAAUGGCUAUUAAUUUUGAAAAUGCAAUGAAAAGGAUCAAAGAGUCGACUCAAGAUUUUUCCAAAAAUUUUCGAGCUCAUUUUACUGAUAGAAAUGACUUUACUGAAGAAGAUUUCCGUCACUUUGAACAGUUGGUCAUUAUGAAAAAGAACCCAUACAUAGAUUUAAAGGAGAUAGAAUUAAAGUUUAGUCCCACGGACAAAAAUAUAAGACAAAGUGUAAGAUUUGAAUCAGGUUCUCUGCCACAGAACUUUUUAGGUGAACCAGGCAUUUGGGAACCAAUGGAAGAAGGACCCAACGUAGAAAUUACGAAUAGGGGUCUGACAGGAUUUGCAAUACCAGCUAAAAUUGCGAGUCCCAAAGUUAUGACUCCCAAAGUCAACAUUAUCGACGAUAUCUCUAAAAGACUUUCAAUGGAGCUACAGUGUAAAGUGCAGAAUUAUGAUUGGGGUAAAUUAGGAGAAGAUAGUGUAGUAGCUAAAUUACUAGCUAGUGCUCAGCCAGAAAUUGAAAUAAAUCCAACACAACCAUAUGCAGAGCUAUGGAUGGGUACUCAUCCCAAUGGUCCGUCUCUGAUUAAAGAAAGAGAUGUAUUACUAUCAGAAUAUAUUAAAGAUAACUUGGACGCUUUAGGACCUGCUGUGAGAAAACAAUUUGGUGCGGCCGUGCCUUUUCUUUUAAAAGUAUUAUCUAUUAGAAAGGCACUAUCUAUACAGGCACAUCCUAAUAAGGCACAUGCUGACGAACUUCAUAAGCAAUUCCCAGACAUAUACAAAGAUCCUAACCAUAAACCAGAGCUUGCUAUUGCUUUAACUCCCUUUGAAGCACUCUGUGGAUUCAGGCCAUUAUCACAAAUCCAGGGAUUUCUUAAAAAAUUGCCGGAGCUAGUGAAUAUGUUGUCUAAGGAAAGUGUAGACAUAUUACAAUGUUGUGAGGAACAGGGAGAUAAUGGGACGAUCCUCAAGUCAGUUUUUCAGUCACUCAUGACAUCUGAUAAGACUAUUGUUGCAAGUACACUGCUGGCUAUAUUGGAUAGAUUGGACAAAGAAGAUGAAGCAAUUCAAGUCUCAUUACUAUAUCCAUUAGUGAAAAGGCUACACACGGACUUUCCGGGUGAUAUUGGCUGUUUUGCACCAUAUUUUAUGAACUACAUGCUUCUGCAACCUGGACAAGCUAUCUUCCUAAAGCCAAACUUGCCACAUGCAUAUUUAAGUGGAGAUUGUGUGGAAUGCAUGGCUUGUUCUGAUAACGUGGUCCGUGCAGGGCUGACUCCUAAACACAUUGAUGUACCAACAUUAGUGGAUAUGCUAGAUUAUUGCAGCUACACUUUAGAUCAGCUGCUAUUCAACCCACAACUCGAAGACCCGAACACCGCUAUCUGGAAACCACCUGUGCCAGAUUUUGCUGUUGUAAGGAUAGAGGUGGAAGGUGGCGAUUCGUUCAACACAAUAAUGCGUGAUAGCCCGAGUCUACUCAUUGUCAUCUCAGGAUAUGGAGUGGCUUGUGACACGGAGCCCAUAGAGGUUCGGCCUGGCAGCGUCAUAUUCCUGAAGGCGAGCAGGCAGCUAAAUCUGACACCGGCUCAAAAAAGUCACUUAGAAAUUUAUCAGGCGAUUUGUAAUGUGUAA